AUGGUGACCGUUGCAAUUAUUGGAGCCGGCCCAGCAGGUCUUGUUGCCGCAAAAACACUCCUCAAGUCAUCUGCCAAAGAUUCCAUCUUCAAAGUCACAGUAUUCGAGCAGGGGACCGACGUUGGGGGCCUCUGGGCUGUGGAAUCAAAUCCUAAUGGAAUCAUCAAUCCUGAAAUGCAUACCAAUCUUUCGCAAUUCACCGUCUGUUUUUCUGAUCUUGCCUGGGAUUCGGUGGAUACACAACCUCCAGCUACUAUAUAUCCUAAAGCGUGGCAAGUCCAUCGAUACUUGAAGGAAUAUGCUGCAAGAUAUAUUCCAGCUGGUAUCAUUGCUUUAAAAACCUACGUCAAAGUGAUUGAACACAUACAAACUUCUCCAGAGGAGGAGACCAAGAAAUGGAAAAUUACAAGCAUCGCGCUCGAAGGAGGUACUCCCAUCGAAAAGAUUGAGAUAUUCGACUACCUGAUCAUUGCAUCUGGAUUUUUUUCCCAGGCGAGAAAAAUUCCAUUUCCAUGCACCAAGCUGAUUCAAAAACAAGAAAGCCAACCAUCUACCAUCCUCCACAGCUCUCAAUACCGGCAACUUUCGGACCUCUCACCCACCCAUCCAGAACCCUUGCCAGGAAAAAUUCUCAUAAUCGGGGGCUCCCAUUCCGGCGCCGAAGUAGCAUCUCUAAUCGCCAUGCACAUAUCUGACGUGCAGUAUUCACCUUCUGGAACGGGGACUGGGACUGGGACUGGGACUUCCCCGCCAGAAAUCAUACACGUGAUGCCUCAUCCCCUCGUUUCCAUACCGUCAUUUGUUCGCAGCGGAAAUGAAAAACUCCCUUCAUUUGUGCAAUUGGAUUCGCGUCUGUACGAUCUCUCUUCGCGACCGGAGGGACCCAUUUCGUUUACUUUUGGACUUUCGAAUCCGGAGAAGAGGAAGAAGUUGAGAGAUACGCUUAAUAUGCUUAUGUCUGGUGCGAUUAGGCAAGUGUUUGGUCGGAUCACUCAGCUCGAACAGCAAUCAAAUAAAAAUCUAAUACUCGCAACCAUUGAAUCGCAAUCCAAGCAAAUCAAAAUAGAUGAGAUCGCAGCCGUUGUGUACGCGACGGGAUUUUCCACCUCACCAGCGUUGAAUUUCCUCCCAGACGAGAUUAAAGAAAGCUUAGGCUAUAAUGCCUCAUAUCCCCGUCUUCCUUUACUGUUAAGUGAAGAUUGUAUGAGCAGCUCUAGAGAUUCACCCAGCAACUUAGCACUCAUGGGAUUUUUCGACGGUUCCUAUUGGGGAAUUUUGGAGAGUCAAGCGCGCGUGAUCGCGAAGAAAUGGGGGGCACAAGGCAAGGAGCUUUCUUCUGCUACUCAGGAUCAUGAUGGAACAGAUGAGGAUGGUUCUUCGAGACUCCGUGUUUUUAUGGAAGAAUUAAGGAUUAUGAUGGAGAAAGACCCAUCAUCCGUCCCCCAAAAUUUCUUCAGUGAUUACCCCGGCUUAAUGGAAGAAACCUCUCGAAAACUAGGGCUUCAGAAAAUAAACCUAUCAUGGAGCGAAAGAGAAGGAAUGGUGAGUCCAGCUCGCUACAUCGAUUCACAGUGUACUUCCAUCGAAUCCGAAAAAGCCAUGCAAAAACUACAAAAAACACUCCAAGAUUCCCGGGACGGAAAAGCCAUUUUCGCUAAAUCUACUUUCCGUGGUCUCCAAGGAAACUGGAAGGCCUUCCACACCAACCCCGAAUCUCUCGAAUCCUCUCCCAAGAGCUCGAGCGCGAGCGCAUUUCAUCCCCGCUACCCAACAGAUACAACUUCAGAUCUCGAGUAUCUCUGCAUCACACAGUGUGAAGAACCCAGCCCUCCAAUUCCUCGAACCAUCUACCGCCUCCGCGAAAGCGCAAAUCAAAUCGAGAUUUGGAGUGUAGAUUCGAAAAGCGGAUUGGCAGCUGAUAAGAUAUGUUAUAUUCUUGAUUUUAACGACGGAAUCGUCGAAGAUCAGACAGAUGUGAAUCGAGCUACUGUUGUAGCUAAAGGAAUUCCUGAUGCAGAUUUGAGACGGAAAAUUAUAUACUCAUUCUGUUUUGCGGGGGUGGGGGUUACAGAAUUCAAGAUUAAGUAUUUUGAUGAGGAGGAUGUUAAGAUUGAUUCUGGCUUUCAUUUUGUGAGAUGA